AGGAGAAACAUGGUGUAGCUGCAUUGCAACAUGCGGCUCUUUUCGUUGGACACAAAGUGUUUCUGAUAAGAUAAACGAAGGUUUCAAGACGUUUUUCUGGUGUUCUUGGUUUCCACGUCUCUUGUUCAAAUCUCGUCUUACAGGAAACGUCGCCAAGAUGCCUGUCCUGUGCAGCAGCUGCUCCGAGAAGCGCGCUGUGCUGAAACGUCCAAAAACCGGCCACUCUCUGUGUAAGGCGUGCUUCUUCUGGGCAUUUGAGGAGGAGGUGCAUCGGACCAUUGUGGCGGCAAAGCUCUUCAGACCCGGGGAGACCGUUGGCGUCGCCGCCUCGGGCGGAAAGGACUCCACGGUGCUCGCACACGUCAUGAAGCUUCUGAACGAGAGGCACAGCUACGGACUCGAACUCAUGCUCAUAUCCGUGGACGAGGGAAUCACCGGUUACCGGGACGACUCCUUGGAGACGGUGAAGAGAAACCAACAACAGUACGAACUGCCGCUGAAGAUCGUCUCGUACGAGGAGCUGUACGGCUGGACGAUGGACGCCAUAGUGAAGCAGGUGGGACUGAAAAACAACUGCACCUUCUGCGGGGUGUUCAGGAGACAGGCGCUGGACCGAGGAGCCGUCAUGCUGAAAGUGGACAAGAUUUGUACAGGUCACAAUGCCGAUGACGUGGCGGAAACGGUUUUAAUGAACAUCUUGCGUGGGGACAUAGCUCGUCUACGUCGCUGCACCGCCAUUUCCACAGCCAGCGAGGGCGACGGGGUCGUGCCUCGCUGCAAGCCCCUUAAGUACGCCUACGAGAAAGAGAUCGUCCUGUACGCCUACUUUAAGAAGCUGGACUACUUUUCGACAGAGUGCAUAUACUCCCCUAACGCCUAUCGAGGCUACGCAAGGACCUUCCUCAAGGACCUGGAGAGUAUACGGCCCAGCUCAAUAAUGGACAUCAUCCACUCCGGUGAGAACCUGUCUUUUCGCGAGGGGGUGAAGAUGCCCGUCCAGGGGACCUGCAGCCGCUGCGGCUACAUCUCCAGCCAGGCGCUCUGCAAGUCAUGCGUGCUGCUGGAGGGCCUGAAUCGCGGUCUGCCUAAGCUGGGCAUAGGGAAGCACCACCGCCUGCACGAGAAGAUUCUCUCCCAGCAGCCUCUCACAGAGCGCGAGGAGAGAAAGCUCAAAUCAGUAGACUUUUGAUGGUAUCUAUGUAUUUAUCUAAAGAUUUAAGAUGAAUUUUUUUAAGCAUAAUUUCAGCAUAAAUGGCUUUCAACUG